AUGUACGGUGGAUACGGGAGUCGGUCUCACAAAAGCUCGGGAAUCUCGAGCCUGGGCUCUCCAGGACGACGGCGGCGGCGCGACUCUGCGGCGUUUGCCAGUGACCAAGACCACGACCGGUUACAAACGUCGUUCGAGACACAAUGCCAAUUGGAACAGGUGGAUGAGAGCUCAGAGCUGCUGGACAGUACCGAACCGCGCAACAACCUGCAAUUCUUCAAUAGCACCGAUGAUGGCCAGUCCCAACAAUUCCCAGUACGGCCUCAAACCCAGGGCCUUACCAGAAGUGCGCGGACCUUGAAUCUGGUUCAGGUUCCCGCGAUAAAUGAUUACAUGGACAACUGGAGUCCGUUCGAAGAGCGGCCCGAAACCCCUGCCAAUCUCAAAAGAACCGCGAGCAAGAGCGAACUGUCUCCUUUCGUCAACGAUCCGGAGGUUUUGCGCAAAUGGAUGUACAAGAGAACGGAAGAUCCCCCAAGCAUCUCCACGACGAAGGGAAGUGCAAAGUCGCCGUCGAAAAGUCCUUAUUCUAAGCAGCGCAAGACUGAACCCGAUCAAGCAUUCACGAGCGCCAAGCCAGAUCAAACAGCAUUUGCGUCCUCGGGACUCAAAUCCAAGAUCCAAUCUCAUCUUAUGCCUAGGACAGCCAGCACUCCAGAUACGCCAGUCAAAAAAUCCCCGCUGAACAAAAGCGCUAAUACCACAUCUAUCAUGGAUUCUCCUAUGCUACAAUCCUACACAUCGAUCACCGCGCCUUACGGCUCAUUAAGCCAGUCCCCACUGAGUGCUGCCCAUAGUCGAUUCAACUCUUCGAAUGUCACUAAUACUUCACUGUCGUUUGCCAAAGACAAGCGCGCAAGGGCUUCAAAAAUGUUCAGUAACACAGUACUUACCAAUACAUUACAGCAAUUUACGGACGAUCUUUACGGUAAUGAUGAUGACGACUCGUUCUUGUCAGAUUGCAUUCCUUCUACGGCUCCAACUAUAACAUUCUCCGGAGAUCCAAACAGUCUAUCAAACACUCCUACAAAGUCGCCAUACGUCGUGAGACAACCGUCACCAUUUCUCACUUCAAAACCCAAAAGGUCGAUCAAUGCAAAAGUUAGCAGAUCUACAUCCCCUUCGCUCGAACAAGCUCACACAAGUCCCGACUCUCAUCUAUCUACAAAGUUCAUGAAUGUUGGGUCUAUUGGUAGUGGCCAAUUUUCCUCUGUCUACCAAGUGACUUUCCAACCAACGGGCAUCAAGUAUGCGGUUAAGAGCAUGCGGCCCAACAAAUUUAAUUCAACCGCCAGGAUUUUGCAAGAGAUCGAAAUUUUAUCGCAAAUAAGUGAUUCGACGCUGGACGAAGAAGGGAAAGACUAUGUGCUCAACUUCAUUAGCUCAUGGAAAUAUCAGGGAUAUUUCUAUGUGAUGACAGAAUAUUGCGAGAACGGUGAUCUGGACUCAUUUCUGAAAGAGCAAAUCAUAAGCAAGAACGCACGCCUUGAAGACUGGCGAAUAUGGAAAAUAAUUGUGGAGUUGAGCCUGGCGCUUAAUUUCAUACACGCAUCAUGCCAAAUCGCGCAUCUCGACAUGAAGCCAGCGAACGUUCUUAUAACUUUCGAAGGUAGCUUGAAACUGGCAGAUUUCGGUAUGGCUGCCAAGCUACCGAUUGUCAAUACUGGAUCUGAAAAUGAAGGAGAUAGAGAAUACAUUGCUCCUGAAAUCAUCUCUGAUUGCGUGUACGAUUUCAGAGCUGACAUAUUUUCAUUGGGGCUUAUGAUCGUUGAAAUAGCAGCUAACGUUGUCCUACCAGAUAAUGGGAAUGCGUGGCAUAAACUGCGAUCUGGGGAUCUUUCUGAUGCUGGUAAACUUAGUUCCACCGAAAUACAUUCGGAAUCACUUUUCUCAAGCACUCAUACUAAUACCGAAAUCACGAACGCGACAUCAAAUAUAGAGACCAACAAGCUGGACUACUUGAUUGGCAACUCCAGUAGAAUUCCUGCAUGGGUUCCAAAAUUUUUAAUAGAUGGCGUAUCAUUGGAAAAGAUGGUACGGCGGAUGAUAGAACCGGACUACAGAAAGAGGCCCACUGCCAGUGAGAUUUUACACUCCGAAGAAUGCGAGUACGUGGAAAUGACGCGAAAAGCCGGUGCUAUAAUUCAAGAAGAUGAUUUUGGACCAAAACCUGAGUUUUUCAUGUGA